AUGAAGGGCAAGAGCGGAUCGGAGGAACCGGUGGUGGAAGCUGCAGCGGGUCGUAAGAGAACGCCUGAAAGAAAAGAUACUAGAAGUUGGACACCCAAAUCCCGAAGGACCGAUCCAGCAGACCUGGAGCGACGUCGUGAAGGUCACUCCGCGAUGUGAAAGGAAAAUGCUGGAGGAAACUCGAGCUGUUGCGAAGGCGAAGAGAACUGAAAUUGACACCUUGAGAAUCUCGAUGGUCAGCAAGGAGAGAAGAAUGUCUUCGGGCUGGUGAUAGCGCGUAACUGGGCUACACGGAACAUCGGGAUAGUGGAGUCCGUUAAAAACAGCGGGGAUGCAAUCGUGAGGAAGCCUGGUUCCGAGGAGUGCACGGAGUCGAUCGUAAACGGUGUCGGAGAAGCCGCUGACGGUAGCGUGGAUUAG